AUACGAAUUGUGUAAUUCUUUUUAUAUAUUUGUGGUUGGUUGUUUAGUCGAAUAUACCACCAUGAAAUCAUGCAAAGCUGAUAACUAGUUGCAUAAUAGUGAUCGGAGAUCAGAGAAAAACAUGUCUUUUCAACAUUUAUAUGCCCCGAUACAUGUCACAAAGCUAAUUAAAUCGCAUCAGAUUCGAAAUAUUAUUCUUCGGCAGCUUAAAAAAGACUUUCACCAUGUUGGGAUUCCACCAGGAUGCAGAUAUCAUUCAACUAUUUUGCGCCAACUCAUGUCCAUUCAGAGACAGUCUCCAAAAGUACUCAAGAGAUGCUUUCACAGAACCUGUUUGAAGUAUAAUCAAAACAAUAGAAAUCCAAGAACUGGGGGACCUCCUUUCGACAGAACACUCAUCCUCCUAGGGCUUACUAUGCUGAUUUACAACGUUCUUGUAGAUUUUGUGGUGCCAUUGUUUUCAAAGUACAGUGAAAUAUCUUUCCAACAGUUCAUCGAUAACUAUCUUAAAAAAGGAAAGGUCCAAGGAAUCACUGUUAUUCCAGCGGGCCCAAAAAAAGAUUACUGGAAUGUUUUCUUUAAGAUGGAUGAACAAGACCAGUUCCAGUCCAGCUCAGAGUUUUUCGUCGUUGAAAAUUUGAGCAACUUUGAGAAAAAAAUAACACAGGCACAACUAGAAAUGAAUGUAACCCCAGACCGCCAUGUGGCAAUCAUGUAUGAAAGCAAUCGAACAGGUGCAUUUACAUAUUUUCUGAUGUUCAUGCUUUUCGGAUUGAUGCUAUUGGGAGUCCGCAGUUUUUCCAGGUUCUCACGCAACAUCGACAGCAUGGUUGACAAACAGCCUGCAAAGAUGGUUACUGAAGACACUGGAGUGAAGUUCAAAGAUGUUGCGGGUUGUGAAGAAGCCAAGAUUGAGAUCAUGGAGUUUGUGAACUUUCUGAAGAACCCUCAGCAGUAUGUUGAACUUGGUGCCAAAAUCCCUAAAGGGGCCUUAUUGAACGGCCCUCCUGGCACUGGGAAAACACUUCUGGCCAAAGCAACCGCAGGAGAGGCGGGUGUACCUUUCAUAGCAGCCUCAGGGUCUGAGUUCCUGGAGAUUUUUGUGGGAGUGGGACCUGAUAGGGUGAGAAAGAUGUUCAAGACAGCUCGAGAGAACGCGCCGUGCAUAGUGUUCAUUGACGAGAUCGACGCCAUAGGCACCAAGCGUGCGGGCAGCAACUCCAUCGAUGACGAGAGGAGCAACACUCUCAAUCAGCUGCUGGUAGAGAUGGAUGGUUUUGAAAGUGAGCGUGGUGUGAUUGUUAUGGCCGCCACAAAUCGUCUGAACAUCCUUGAUAAAGCUUUGCUGCGACCUGGAAGAUUUGAUCGACAAAUAUAUGUCGGUUCACCCGAUAUAAAAGGAAGAACCUCAAUUUUCAAAGUCCACCUUAAGAAACUAAAGACAGCUUUAGACAAAGAUGAAAUUGCCAAGAAAAUGGCCACACUCACACCUGGAUUUUCAGGUGCUGAAAUCAUGAAUGUUUGUAAUGAAGCGGCCCUGAUUGCUGUUCGACACAGCAAAACAAUGGUAGAGAUGGAACACUUUGAUCAGGCCAUUGAACGAGUUGUAGCAGGCAUGGAAAAGAGGACUCGUGUGUUAAUCCCAUCUGAGAAACGAAAGAUUGCGUUUCAUGAGGCGGGGAAAACUGUGACUGCAUGGUUCUCGGAACAUGCCUCGCCAAUUCUGAAGAUCUCUCUGAUUCCCCGUGGUGACAAGCUGAGCUUUUCAAUGUCCCUGCCCAAGGAGAAAUAUUUACAGACCCAGGAACAGCUGAUUGACAUGAUGUGCUGCAGUCUUGGUGGUGUGGUGGCCGAGGAGAUGGAGUUUGGACACUUUUCAUCAAGGGCUGAGAAGGAGCUCAAACGGGUCACAGAGCUGGCUUAUGCACAGGUUACCCAGUACGGCAUGAGUCCAUUGGUUGGACACCUGUCGUUCCAAGACCAAGAGUCAGUCGUGAAACCCUAUAGCCAGGACUUUGCCGAACUUAUUGACUCAGAAGUCAAGAAAAUCAUUGACUUUGCAUAUAGUAAAACGAAAGAGUUGCUGAACAAGCAUAAAACUGAUGUGGAGAAAGUGGCCAACACGCUGCUAGAAAAGGAGAAGCUCGACAAAGUUGGGCUGGAAGAGUUAUUAGGUCCCAGACCUUUUGAAGAGCUCACAAAGUACGAAGACAUUGUGGAGGGAACAGGUUCCCAAGAAGAAAACACACAGCUGCCUAGUAGUCUAGGAGGCUGGAACAAAACCGUUGGGGCAUCUGCCGAUAACCAUUCGUGAACAUCGCGAGUGUUACACACGAGUGAAUUUAAAGGAGGCCCUAAUCAAGCAACUGUAUUAUCAUUCUGUUGGGUCCAUCGAAGUAUAUUCUUGGGGCGGUUGUGGAAAGAGAAUAGAUAUUAAAUCGCUUGCAUUGUUAUAGAUAAGGCUAAUGAUAAAGACAAAUUGAAGUAUGCAAAAAUGUGUAAUGAUAAAAUUAUUAUUCUCUGAGAGGCCAUCAAUUCCUUAUCUAUAAGAUUGUGUUGUUUACAGUCAAAUUAAUAAACUCUGUAAAUCAAUUUCAUAAUUGUAUUACUGUUAUACAUGUUUUAGUUUGCCGUCCAUGCAUUUGAGUGGCAAGAAAUAAAUAAAGGUUUAUGUGUU